GUCCAACACUGUGAUGGUGGCAUGAAUAGUACUGGCAAUCUGGAGCAGUGGUGCCAACAAAUGUAUGAUGCUGGCCAACGCUCACCUCAUCUUCUUGCCUUCAUGAUAGACCUUAUGGAAGACAAGAUGGAGCGAGAGGCCUCGGAAAGACCGCAUGUACUGAAGAAAACUCAGGAGCUAUGUGAAUCUUUGGCCAUGGAACAUGACAAGAUUCGCCGCGAGUACUGGAUGUAUAUAGAACGAAGCCUUAGUCACAGAUUUGGCGCUUAGGCAGUUGAAUUCAGAUCUCGGUGUUCCAGUGCCCUUAUUUAAUACUGGAUCUCAGUGUGCAGGUACGAAACACAGCAGCUUCAUAGCAUUCUUAGGAUGCUUUCACUUAGUCAUGUUUCCCAUAGGCUAAACGUAAUGACCAGAGAUGAAGUUUUGAAUUCCAUUUUGACCAAUUGAUAACUGUAUCUUACAAGUUUAUCCUUUUUUUAUAUGGCAGGUUAAAUAUGAAUCCAGUUAUAUUUAAUUACUAGCAUAUGAGCAUCCACUUGAACUGUGUAUGUCAUUGAUUAUAGCAAAAUAAUAAUUUUUUAAAGUGAUGCUUUGAUGAAAAUUAAAUAAUGAUCAGGAUUUUACUAGUAUGUACAUUGAAGGGCUAACAUAGCACAAAGUGCUGAGAGUUGUGUACUGUAAAGUUAUUCUAUAUUAAGUACUGUAUAGAAUAUCUCCAAUAAAAUUUUACCUGUAAUUACUUGCAGGUAAAAAAAAAAAACAUCGUCUUCAGUUAAGUCUGUUCUCAACUCGGCACACAUUGUAGGCUAUUAAAGCACUGUUAUCAGAUUGGUAUUUGUCACUGUAUAGUAUUGUCAGUUUAGAGUUUUAUAUUUGUUACCAGUUAAUACUAAAAAAUUUAUUUCAU